AAGGGGCCGGUGCUACCGGAAGGAGGAACACAGCUGGCAGGGAGAGGUUAAAAAGGAGCCCAAAGAGUGCCAAGGCAGAGGGCUCCAGUCCUGCGCCAGCAGAGACCUCACUGUGCUCAGAGCAGGGGACGAUGACAGACGUGAAGGUGAAGACCGAGCUUCCUGAUGACUACAUCCAGGAGGUGAUCUGGCAGGACGACGCCAAAGAGUCCAAGAAGAACGUCAAGGACGGGUCUGGGGAUGUGCCAGCCGAGAUCUGUGUGGUGAUUGGGGGGGUCCGGAACCAGCAGACCCUUGGGUCCUACGAGUGUGGAAUAUGUGGGAAGAAAUACAAAUAUUAUAACUGUUUCCAGACCCAUGUGCGAGCACAUCGAGACACUGAAGCAGCCUCAGGUGAAGGAGCAUCCCAGGGCAACAACUUUAGGUACACGUGUGAUAUCUGUGGGAAGAAAUAUAAAUACUACAGCUGUUUUCAAGAGCACCGAGACCUCCAUGCUGUGGAUGUGUUUAGUGUCGAAGGAGCCCCAGAAAAUCGGGCAGACCCUUUUGAGCAAUCUGUCGUGGCUACAGAUGAAGUAAAGGAGGAGCCUCCAGAGCCAUUCCAGAAAAUUGGGCCAAAAACUGGUAACUACACCUGUGAAUUUUGUGGCAAGCAGUACAAGUACUACACCCCUUACCAGGAGCACGUGGCCCUUCACGCCCCCAUCAGUACCUCCGCUGGGUGGGAGCCGUCUGACGAGCCGGACACUAGUUCUGAGUGUUCACAUCCAGAGUUCUCUCGAUCUCCACUCUUCAUGGCAGUGAAGACACAGGCGAGCCAGUCGGGCAAAAAAACACCAGCUUCCAUAGUCCGGUGCUCCACCCUUCUACAACGCACCUCCUCGGGUGCCCCUCCAGCCUCCCAAAACCAGAUGUUCCGCGCUCCAAAUUCCGGAUCCCCAGGAAGCAAGGCAACCACAGCAGAAAGCGCCUUCAGUAGGAGAGUCGAGAGCAAAGCACAAAACAACUUUGAAGAAACGAAUAGCAGUUCUCAGAAUUCAAGUGAAGCUGCAAGCCCCCUGAUUUCCAACCCAUUCCCGCUCUUGCAGAAACCUUACACCUGCGGCGCUUGUGGGAUCCAGUUCCAGUUUUAUAACAAUCUCCUGGAGCACAUGCAGUCCCAUGCAGCUGACAAUGAGAACAACAUCGCCUUCAACCAGCCGCGGUCGCCUCCGGCUGUCGUGGAGGAGAAGUGGAAGCCACAGCCUCAAAGGAACAGCACCAACAACACUUCCGUGAGCGGCUCGGCUCCCAACAGCACCAUCCCAGAGAAGGAGCGGCAGAACAUCGCGGAGCGGCUGCUGCGCGUGAUGUGCGCGGACUUGGGCACGCUGAGCGUGGUGAGCGGGAAGGAGUUCCUCAAACUGGCGCAGACCCUGGUGGACAGCGGCGCCCGCUACGGCGCCUUCUCGGUCACCGAGAUCCUCGGCAACUUCAACACGCUGGCCUUGAAACACUUGCCCCGGAUGUACAACCAGGUGAAGGUGAAGGUCACCUGCGCGCUGGGCAGCAACGCCUGCCUGGGCAUCGGCGUGACCUGCCACUCGCAGAGCAUCGGCCCCGACUCCUGCUACAUCCUCACGGCCUACCAGGCCGAGGGCAACCACAUCAAGAGCUACGUCCUGGGCAUCAAGGGCGUGGACAUCCGGGACAGCGGGGACUUCGUGCACCACUGGGUCCAGAACGUGCUGUCCGAGUUCGUGAUGUCCGAGAUCAGGACGGUCUACGUCACGGACUGCCGGGUGAACUCGGCCGCCUUCUCCAAGGCCGGCAUGUGCCUUCGCUGCUCGGCCUGUGCCUUGAACUCGGUGGUGCAGAGCGUGCUGAACAAGCGGACGCUGCAGGCCCGCAACAUGCACGAGGUGAUCGAGCUGCUGAACGUCUGCGAAGACCUGGCCGGCUCCACGGGCCUCUCCAAGGAGACCUUCGGCUCCCUGGAGGAGACCUCGCCCCCGCCCUGCUGGAACUCGGUGACCGACUCCCUGCUGCUGGUGCACGAGCGCUACGAGCAGAUCUGCGAGUUCUACAGCCGCGCCAAGAAGAUGAACCUCAUCCAGAACCUGAACAAGCACCUCCUCAGCAACCUGGCCGCCAUCCUGGCGCCCGUGAAGCAGGCCGUGAUCGAGCUGAGCCACGAGAGCCGGCCCACCCUGCAGCUGGUGCUGCCCACCUACGUGAAGCUGGAGAAGCUCUUCACCUCCAAGGCCAACGACGCCGGGGUCGUCAGCAAGCUCUGCCACCUCUUCCUGGAGGCCCUGAAGGAGAACUUCAAGGUGCACUCGGCCCACAAGGUCGCCAUGAUCCUGGACCCCCAGCAGAAGCUGCGGCCCGUGCCGCCCUACCAGCACGAGGAGAUCAUCGGCAAGGUGUGUGAGCUCAUCAACGAGGUGAAGGAGUCCUGGACGGAGGAAGCGGACUUCGAGCCCUCCUCCGCCAAGAAGCCCCGGGCCGCCGGCGAGACCGCCACCGCUCAGGAAGACGACCGGUUUGGGAAAAAUGAAGUCUAUGACUAUUUGCAGGAACCUCUCUUCCAGUCCACCCCCGACCUCUUUCAGUACUGGUCCUGCGUGACCCAAAAGCAUACGAAACUAGCCAAACUUGCCUUUUGGCUGCUCGCGGUGCCCGCCGUGGGGGCCAGGAGUGAGUGUGUAAAUAUGUGUGAGCAAGCACUUCUCAUUAAAAGGAGGCGGCUUCUUAGCCCCGAAGACAUGAACAAACUCAUGUUUUUGAAGUCCAACAUGCUUUAAAACUGUCUUUUAGUUUAAAAAUAAUAAUAAUAAUAAUAACUAUAAAACACUGUCGCAAUCAAAGAAAAGGAAUUUAAGUUCUAAACACUGUGGACCUCAUUAUAAAUGCCCCUGGAAACUUAAGUGCUUUUUCUAUGUGUAUAUACAUGAGUGUGUGUAGCGACACACGGGCGUGUAUGUACAUAUGUACGUAUACCAUAUGGAUAAAUACACAUACAUUGUGUAUGGGAAUAUGUGGUUCGUGGGUCUCUUUGUGCAGACCGUGGAACCGCAUACACACAUACACAUAUAUCCCCUGUGCUCAUGGACACGUACCCGUGUGUACAUGUUGCACUGCGUGGGGUAUGCGAGGAAAAAUGAGUGUAUGUGAGAGAGGGAGUACUUUACCAGGAAAAUGCUUCUUGUCUCCAUCAGGGCUUUUUUUUUUUUUUUUUUUAAAACAGACUCUCCAUGUUUUCAGGUGUGUAGACCAGUAGGAGGCUGAUGUUGUAAAGUCUUCAGGCAGCUGAGAUCUAAAAGUGACUUGAAGUUUCUUUGAUUUCUCUUCCCUUUCCCCUUCAAACCUCUCUCUCCCUUUUCCCAUCCCCUCCUCCCCCACCCUCUCCCCUCUGGGGCUGUCUUGCCAUGGAUAUUUGAAUCUGCAUUAAGUGGACAAUAUCUGCACUGGACUUUGCUUUUCCAAUUACCUUGUAUAUUUUCAGGGCAUUGAUCAGCCGCCUUCCUAACAUCUGUCACAUGUUAUAAAGGCAGCUGCGUUCUAGAAACACACCUAUCUCUCAGAUCAGGAAAGGAGACAUUAUGGAAACAAAUAGGAUUUUUUGCUUUUUUAAAAUAUAAGAUGGAGAAGAAAAAUUUUCAGAAAAGUAGUUACUCUAGUAAACUGUCUCCAUACCUUAGUUUUUUGAGGUUAUUUUUUUUUAACAUUUUAGUGGGUUUUAACCUUUCUUUAGUUUUUGUUUUUUUGUUUUUAAAGUUUGAUUUUAGAACCCUCUAGGAGGCACUGAAUGUCUGUAACUUAUGUUUAUGGUUUUUUUAAAAAAUAUAUCUUUUCCCUUCCUCCCUUCCUUUUACCCCUUCUUCCCAAGUCACACUGUAAACUAGCUCAUCUCCGUGGUGUAAGCGACAGCCUAACGUUUUACUAAGCCUUCCCUGUAUAGUCCAGAUCUCCAAAGGAUGUAUUCCUUCUGAAGGCAUGGGGCGAGCGGGUUGGGGUGGGGGGUUGGGGCCUAACGAUGCAGAGGAUUCCAUGAUUUCACAAGCAUAGCAUCGCAUCUGGUGGAAGCAUGUGGCUUAGGAUACUUUCUGAAUGUAAGUGAAAAGCAUAUUCCCUCCUGGUUCGUUUUGCCUCAUUCAUCUCCAGGACCAGGAAUGUCUAACUGAAAUACCUAUAGUGCAUUACACUACUCAUCACAUCACUGAAUUGUUCUAGCUCAUUAGAGGCCUGUGAGUUGAUCAGAGUUCCUGUCCAGUGGCAUGUCAGACCCACAGCUUCCCCCUUGUCCUUGGCCCUGCUACCCAGAACCCUCAGAGCAGGGGGCGCAAGUUGGUCAGUCCCAGGGUUCCUGAUGUUUGACUCAGAAUCCCAUUCCUACAAGGCAAUAGAACUGGGUGCCCUGUGGGCCUCUACAGACUCCGUGCCAAAGUCCAGUGUCAGGGGAUUUUGCCUUUAGGAGUGUAUUUACGUUGAGGCUGGCUUGAUUGCAUCAUUUUGGGGGUCCCUCCCAGUUGUGAAAUUUUUAUUUCUCUUCCCUACACAUGGGGAUUUGAGAGCUAUGGACUCAGUGACGGGCGGUGACCUGUCUGGGCUGAUCCUGGAGAUGCCAGUUCUCCACUUGGUACCCUCAUCCUCACUGGAUAGAGAUGGGCUGGAAAGGCUCAGAACUCUGUCUCUUGAGGCUUAUGUACUGUAUGGCCUUUGAUCUGCAUGUUUAAGGUAACCCUCCUGGGGUGUAGCCUUCCUCUGCUCAUCUUUAUUUUGGGAAGAGUUGAGGCUCUUGUUGGCCCUUUCAGAAAGUGACCCCAGAUGGUUUUCCUACAUGAUUUGCCUUGUUUUCAAAGACAAAUUCUAACAGCUUAGGUAAGGAAUAUCUACAUCAUCAAUAACUUAUGCAUUACCCUAUUUUACCAUGAGAUACCUCUGCAAUCAAAGGCCUCAUGCCAUGAGGAGGAAAGUAGAAACCCUAUCUACUUUUGUUUUUAAUUGGUCUAUAAGCAAUUCUUGAAUUCCCUCCUUCCCUGUGCCAUCAGUAGUAGUGAGCUUGGUUAAAAGUUAGUGAGAUCCUGAGAGCCCUAGGCCCAGAUCAUCAUCUUUAGGGAAAGGAGGAAUCACUUUGAUUUACAGAUUUUGUCUCUGCAACCUUCCCUAAUCUUCCCAUCCAUAUUUAAAAAGGAAAAAUCAUCAAGGUGAUUGAUGGUUUCUGCAUCUGAGUUAAUUGUAUCAUUUUGUUAAAAGGAGAUGAUGAUCUGGGAGAGCACAGUGGGAGGGAUUUUGCUGUAUUUUUUCCCUCCCAAGUUGCUCCUGUGUAUGAUUUACUGUACCCAGGGAAAUGAACUUUGUAUGUGAUUCUUAGACAAGUGUUUGGCCCCUACCACUAUGAAGCUUAGAAACUGUACUGCGAUGAAAAUGUUUAUUUUUAAAUUCAAAGUAAACAACCAGUCUUACCUCGUUUUUGCCUGAUCCCCUGCUUUCCCUCACCAACAUCCAGGGAUUGGACUGUCCCCUCUCAUUCUUGAGAUUUUAAGUGAAUUCCACUUUGUAUUUUUUUUUCCUUUCUUGGGAAGCUUACUGCUUCUUGUAAACUUAGUCUCCAAAGGGCUGUGAAAGGGGAACAAUUCAUUAAUAGGUUUGGUGAAGAUUUCUUUCUUCUUCCCUCUGCUUCCCCAGAAAUUGGCACUGGGAACUGGAGAGACCUUGACAAGAGUCUCUUGGCUAGAGUUCUCAUGCAAGACAAAUGCCAUUACAAAGAAUUGCAUGUCACAGCCAGAAAAUAGCCAUGGCCUAGCCAAUCCCUCCCCAUUCCCAACCCCCAUCCUUUUCUUAGUCUCAGCAAUAUUCAGUUGUUCCAGAUUUUAACACAGCCAAAGAAUUUGGACAACUCCUUUAGCAUUCAGUCGCUAGCACAGCAUUUGACCUGUCAUAGGAGUUUUGUGAUCUUGGGGAUUGAUGAGAUGUCUCUCGCUUGACCACAGGGCCUGAAGGACAACAUCUAAAGUGAAAUUGUUCUCAGGUCCUCCACAGAAUGGUACCUGUGGUUUGAAAAGGACAGUUCUUACAGAACCUCUGAAUCUCCAGGAUAAAAAAUGUUCUGUGCCUGUUUUGUUUUAUAGAAAUAUAAAACUCCCAGGUGAGGGAUAGUGGUCCAGCAUUUCCAUCCUCAUCCCCUUUCUCUCUCUUUGCCAACAAGGUUGCUCUGGGUACCUCUUCCUCUCCACUAUCUAGGAGUUUACCACCUGUAAAGCAAUCCUGAAGCAUUAUUUCCUUCUUUCCUGAGAGACGCUAGUAGGGACCAGUCUGUAAGACACCCAAAUGAGAGGAAUGUAGGUCAUUAUGCUGUUCUUCAUUUCUCAUGCUGGUGAGGCAAAGAAAGCGUGUAGGCUUCCAGAAUAGUGACAGGGGGACUACAGUGGCCACCCACACUAGACCACCUGGGCAUUUCCAUCGGAGAAGCACCACGUGUCCCUUUUUGUCCCACAACUUUCUGCUUCUGCUCUGUCUCUCAGAAGCACUCUGUGUCCACCUCAUUGCAUUACCGUCUUAGUCAGCUGUGGGUAUUGCUGCUCUGACUGGGCAAGAAAGGAUGAGGUUCUUGGUGGGGUGGGCCAGAGGCCCUUCUUCAUUGUGAAAGUCCCUACCUAGGGUGGACUCCUACCGAGAGAGCUCUUAAAAUUUAUGUCAUUCACCUUUAGGAAGAAACACAAUUUCAGGGAAUACCUUCAGCUAGGACACUAAACCCCUCCCUGUUCUUGUGAAUUGGUAUUAUUCCCUUAUUCUUUUACCUUGGGAAAGUUUUGGUAUGUUCAGCCAAGUCAGCUCCCUUUUAAAUGACUCAAGGAGUCCUCAUGGAGGGAUAGGGGAAGAAGGGGAUGUAGGGGUGGAUGAUCAUUGUGAGCGUCUCUGUGAGUGACAAAAUAGAACCCUCCAAUCCCAGUCUCCUGAGAGACAGAGAAGGGGCCCAGCCAUAAAUGCCCCUGGGCUCCAUCUUUGGGGUCCAGCCUUAGGAGGCAGGAGAGUAGGUCAGUUCUUCAUAGUUCUGAGUCUGGGAAAGCAGGCUUCUGGAGAGAAACACAAAAAGCUGAGUGUACCUGAUGGGCAGACACAGAGCGAACAGGGAGAAUCCUGGAGAUGGGUCGGACAUGAAUAAAAGCCAGCGAGAGUUGGCUCCUGUGGAGCAGCAAAGAAAGUUGGGGCAACUUGAUGGGAUGCUGCUCUGUAGAAAGACAGGCUUUCUUUCUAAGGAAAUGGCCAUAAUUCAAAGCAUCUUAACUGCUCUGUCAGUUGCUUUGAACCCAACUAGACAGAACCUCUACCCCAUCCCCAUUUUCCCCCAAAAAUAAUUAGGCUGUGAUUUUUUAACAUUUGUUUCUGUCUCAAAUAGCUGCUGUGUUCUCAUCUCUGGGGAAAUUUCUGAAGGAUGAGACUUAGGGUUUGAGGAGAAUCUCCUGCCUGUCUACCAGGCCAGGAGCUGGCUGCUAGAUCCUCCCCUCCACUACUCCCCACCUCCCAUUGCCUGGGAAUCAAAACCAAGAAAUUUUGUUCAGUUUUUCCUGCAACCUUGAGGCUCGUGGUCCCAGAGGAGGCCCAAGCCAACCCCGUGCCACCAGCCUUGUCCUGAAAGAAACAUGGGUCAUUCUGAAUGAGCAAGUCUAAUAAGUUAGCUGGCCUGCCCUCCUCUCCUUCCCUCUGCUCAAUCCUCAUCUGUGACGGUAGCAUUUGUUUGCUAGGCCAGGUAUGGUAAACCAAUGAUUUAGCAUGUUUGUCCUGGAGUUUCCUUCCCCCUAAUUUUAAUUGUUUUUAGGGUUUUGUUUGGGUUUGGAGUUGAGGUUUGGGGAAUGGUUGGAUUUUUUCACAUUGUUUUUGAUUUUUGUUUGUUUUACUUGUUGGUUUUGUUUGCAGAACUAUUAUUGCUAGAGCCCUGGGUUCAGCAGAAGGAGUUCCAGGUUUGCCUUGAGGUGCAGGGCUCACUCUCUUACUUGCUAAGAGUGUCAAAUUGUGGUGUAGGCAGCUGCAUGAAGAUAGUUACUGUUCUUUUCCCUUGGUCAUAAUGAAAAACCAAGUUGUGUUCAUCUUUGUUAUUGAAGGAGGAAGAUAUGAUAGAUUUGUCAUUGGGUAUUCACAUCACUGUUCAAACGUGGGUCCCCUGCCCACUCAUCUGCUAGGGAACCCAACCCACCCACCCAUCCAAGGGACACAGGACAGAUCAUGUCCUAAUGGGCAACUUACUUUUUUUUUAUAACCAAAGUUCCUUAAAUUUGGGGCAUGGCCUAGCCUCGUGUAAAACCUCAGGGGUCUCAGAUUCCUUCGGUGCUUUCUGAAAUCCAAGCUGGCUGGUAACCAACAAGAGAAAAGACCGGCUGUACUAGGGGUCUGGGGGGAGAAGGGCAAGAAGGAGAGGCAAGGGACCUUUCUCCUGGGCAUCCUCCCUCCGUGGGAGCUAAGGGCAUUCCCUAAGAGAGAAAGGUUAGGAGAAUCUGUGCAAAGAAGGCUAGGGGAAACCCACUGACCCGUGGGGUGGGAAAGUCAAGGUGCAAACCCACUUGGACAAAUGUCAGGAAAACCUUUUAUAUAACAACCCAAGUAAAACUAUUUUUGGAAAAGUUUUUGUUGCUGUCACUAUUGUCGGUGUUCCUUCCCCUAUGACCUCUGUUGGAGUUGAAUUAUGAGUCAUUCAUAAUCAGGUCAAGCCCAUGACCAACUGUUCUCCCUCUCUCUCCUGCUCCCUUCCCUCAGUAACUGUGGGUAUCCAUCUUCCUUUCUCUUUCUGUAGAUAACAGACGUUCUAGGCAAUACCAUAGACACACCUGAGGGUGUGUCUUUCUCUGUGAGUGUAAGAAACUCAAGUCAUCUUUAAAAAAAAAAAAAAAAGAAAAAGAAAAAGAAAAAAAGAGAAAAUACAAAAAUAUAAAAAAACAAAAAAAAAACAAAAUAUCUUUUUUAGGCCAGAGUUUUCUACAGGUAUUAAUGAAUAUUUUUCUUAAUCCUUAUAAGUUUUAUGUGUUUAAUAUUUCUUAAUACCGGUAGCAUUAAUUUAUACUUUUGUAGCAACACAAUAUUUUUAUAAACGGCCAACGCUUGGCUAUGUCUUCAUGAGGGGAAUGCACAGGGCAACCCAUGGGGGCCCUGUGUACCGUGUACUGUAUUUAAAAAAAAUAAAAAUAAAAGGUUACCUAAUGUCACACUUGCUGUGUUAAUAAACAAAAGAAAUUGUUUGAAGUCUCCUGUAUUGUUGGUGUGGAUCAAGUGACUCUCUAGAGAGCCAAAUUGCACGAUUGAGUUCCCAGUUCUCAUUGUGAUAUUUAAACGCUUGGGGCCAGCUCAAGGGUUUAGGGUUUUUCUGUUUGUUUGUUGGAUUUUGUUUUUUAGGUUUUUUUUCUUUUGGUUUAUUGUGUUUGUUUCGUUUUGUUCUCCUUAAACGUUACGGUUCUGUUUUCCCUUUUUGCAGCCAAAAACGUUUAGUGCUGUUUGAAAUAUAGACUGAUAUCAGAUGGAGGGGGAGGGGGGAAGAUUUUUAGAAAAAAAUUACGAAAGAAAAGAAAAGGUUAAAAAAAAAAAAAAAAAAAAAAAAAAAAGGAAAUUGAGCCGUGUCAAUGUUGCUGUUUUUAACCAGUCUGUUGCUGUCGGAAAGCGGGGCAUUUCCAGUGAGAAAAGGAGCAGUUCCCAUUUUCCGUUCUUUAUCUGUAAGCCAAAAGCCCUUGUCCAGAAUUCAGUGACCCUGCUUUGAGAUGGGUCUCAAGCGUUCCUACAAGUUUCUUUUCCAGUGGCUGAUGCCAAGGUGGAAAGACAUACUGUAACUGUUAGAAAGGAUCAGUUGCUUAAUGAUUUUCAUGUCAGUGUUGUAUUUAUGGUUUUACAAUAAAACGACCUUUAGGAAAA